GUCAGUCCUCUGAAGAAGAUGGCGACGCUGGAGAAGGCGGAAGUGACGCAGCUCAGGCCGCAGCCAGCGCGUGUGUGAGCACGCCCUGCUGAGUGGAGGAGGGCGCCACCCUCACCAUGAACAACAAGGAGAGCACCACCGAGUCCGAAAUGAAGGUGUUUCUACCCAACAAGUUGCUUGAGUGUUUACCCCGCACGACCAGCCUACCCAAAGAACGCCUACGCUGGAACACAAACGAGGAAAUCGCAUCGUAUCUGAUUUCCUUUGACAGACAUGAAGAAUGGCUCUCGUGCACGCUAAAGACAAGGCCCCAGAAUGGCUCCAUCAUUCUGUACAACCGGAAGAAGGUGAAGUACCGGAAGGAUGGCUACUGCUGGAAGAAGAGGAAGGAUGGCAAGACCACGCGAGAGGAUCACAUGAAGCUCAAGGUGCAGGGAAUGGAGUGUCUGUACGGUUGCUAUGUCCAUUCCUCCAUCAUCCCAACAUUCCAUAGGAGGUGCUAUUGGUUGCUGCAGAACCCAGACAUUGUGCUGGUGCAUUACCUGAAUGUUCCGUCCCUGGAGGAUUGUGGGAAGGCGUGCCGGCCGUUGCUAUGCGCUGUUGCCGACCGGCGGGACAAUCUGCGCUGGAGUCGCGAUGAGCUGCUGUCCCAGCUCAGGCCCAUGUUCCACAGCAUCAAGUGGUCGUGUGGCGGCGGUGCCAAUGGUACGGGCACUGGUGGUGGUGGUGGAGGAGGAGGCGGGGUUGGCGUGGGGGGAGGGGCGGAGCUAAGCAUCGAGCAACUGGUGCAGCAGAUCCUCGACUCCCAGCAGACCAAACCCCAGCCACGCACACACACCUGCCUGUGCAGCCCCGCACUGGCCUCUGUGGGAGGUAACAUUCCUCACCGCUGCAACAGCACCAAGCACCGCAUCAUCUCCCCCAAGCUGCCCGCCGCCCGGCCCUCUCCACCCUACACUGCGCUCACAGAGGUGCAGAACCUGGCCACGGCAGCGGCGGCCGACAGCACUGUCACCAACACCACCAUAGCCAUGGGGGGCCGCGAGGCCGAAGGGACCGCCUCCACAGACAGGAAGCAGCAGCAGCAGCAGCUCACCGUCACACCACAGGGCAGCAGACCAGGAGGCCCGGCGACCAGCCCGUCCAUCGUUGCCCACGACAACGGAACGUCCGUCUCUCCAAGUUCCACUUCCUCCUCCUCCUCGCGCAGCCCGCCCCAAACGCACCGCCCAGCCGCAACCAUGGCGACCAGCACCGCCACGGUCACCCUGGGCAACGCCAAUGGCUUCUACGCCACCACCGAGAGAGGGGGCGCCACUGGGGGACCGCGGGGCUUAACCGUGCCUGUGGCCCUACCCCAGAACGCGGUAAUCGUCAUGACGACGGCGCCCCUGACGGGGAAAAGUAACGGCGGCGGUAACGGGGAGGAGUCACAGGUGGUCGGCGGAGGGGAGUGCGUGACGUCACACACGACGCAUCACGUGUCGCUCACGUCCACGGGCCGCCUGGUGCUGUCGCCCGUGCCCCCUCCCCCGAAAUCUGACACGCCCUCCCCGCCCACCGUCGCCCAUGGCAACAACAACAACAACAAUCACCACCACCACCACCACACCUAUGGCCCGCCUUCGAGCCCCGUUCCCCCGGCAACAGUCUCCGCCCCCCCGCCUCAGCACACCAUCGCCACGACGCCGGGUGUGGCCACGCUGUCGCUAACGCUCCUGCCGAGCCCCGUGAUUGGUGGGCUCCUACUGACGGACCGCCUCCUGUCCGACAGCGUUCACCCAAUCAGAGAGCACGUCUCGCAUGUGUCUGACCAUGCUGCGGGGAACCCUCUCCACCACCAGACCCCUCCCCUCUCCUCCUCUUCCUCUUCCUCCUCCUCCAACACCCCUUCGUCCUCCUCUUCCUCUGCGUCGUCCCCCUCUCCCUCUCUCCUUGCGCCGCCCCUGCCGCCUCCCUCUCUCCUCCCUCCUCCCACCUCCCCUCCCGUCGCCCUCGUCAGCUCCUCCCCUCCGCCCCCUGCUCCGGCGCUUCAGGUUCCGGUGACCUUUGACCCCGACUCCUUCCUCAACAGCCCUAAGCAGGGCCAGACGUACGGCGGUCCCGCCUGCCCCAACGCCACCUCCGCCUCCGCGGGCUCCCCUUGCGCCUCCUCGUCGCCCCAACCUCCCCCGUCCCUGGCGCUCUCCCUCUCCCCGUCCUCACCUCCCUCCUCCCUCUCGUCCCUCUCCUCCGACGCGGAGAGGAAGAGCGGCGACCGGGAGGCCCACCCGCUCUGCAUCACCUCCUCCUCCUCCUGCUCCUCCUCCUCCUCCUCUUCCUCAUCUUCUUCGUCGUCCUCCUCCUCCCUCUCUCCCCCGCUCUCCAUGUCGAUGUCCCCGUCCCGCUCGGCCCCGUCGUUGCUGCCCCUGCUGCCUCUGGAGGCCUCACUGGGUCUGGAUUCGCUGACGCGGCCUCUAAGCCCCGCCUCCCUGGUCUCGGACUCCAGUCAGCAGCCUCCGGCCAAGCUCAGCCUGAUUCGCCGAAGCUCCUCCCCGGAACCUUUGGAGCUGCCGGCGUCGCCCAGGCAACCCCCGCCCUCCUCCUCGCCUGCUGCGGGGCUUCUGAUUGGCCAGGAGCUUCCCCCUUGCUCCUCCUCCUCUUCCCUGUCAGCCAAUCAGCUGUCGCCGCUGCACUCAAAGCAGCCCUCUGCCACCUCUGCUGCCUCCCCUCUCCUCUUGCUGGCCAAUCACCAGAAGCCGAUUGCUCAGCUCUCCGCCAAUCAGAUCGCAGCUCUGCAGCAGCAGCCACCAAAUCAGCAUCUGAGCCAGCUGUGCUCCGGUGGUGGGCUCCAGCUCUCGCCCAAGCCGGUGCUGGCCAAUCAGGGCCAGGCUCAGCUGCUGUUGCUGCAGCAACAGGGGCACAGGCAGCAGCAGCAGCAGCAGCAGCUACAAAUACAGCAGCAGCAGCAGCAUGUGUUCUCGCCAACCCAAGUGACACAGACUCUAACACACGCACUCACACACACCUUCGCUGCCCACUCCUCCUCCCUCACACACUCCUCCUUCGUGGCGCACCAUCCGUCCACACAGGACAACACACAGCACCAGCAGCAGCAGCAGCAGCAGCAGCAGCACCAGGGCCCAUCGGCAGGAGCAGGGGGUCUCUGCAUGCCCCAUGCCCCUCACACCCACCCCCUCCUCCACACCCCCACCCCCACCAGCCUCAGCGCUCGGUGCCCAAGCCUCGCGUUCGGGACGGCCACCACCGCCAGCAUGGGGUGCAGUGUAGGCGUUGGCCUCGGGGGGUUAGGCGCGGUGGGGGUGAUGGUUGGAGACCCGGGCGUGCGGGUCAAGGAGGAGCAGUCCUCCCCCCACUCCCACUCCCACCCCCCUGGGGCCAUCGCGGAGCAGAUGGAGAGCGGAGACCAGGAGACGCCCAUGGACACCCAGACCACGGUGCCAUCUGGUGGUGAGGAGUUGCAGCACUGCCACGUUCAGCAGGGGCCCUCCUCGGCUGCAGACAGCGUGGAGGCAGAGUUGUCUUUUGACAGCGCGUUUCCGGACCUGUCGGAGCUCAUCACCGCGCAGACCAACGGCGGAGCGUUAGCGAGCGGGGUGAAUGUCAGUGUUGCGGGCCACGCAGCAGCGUUGGCAUCAAGCUUGGCAUCAGUGGCGGCAGCAGUGAGCGUGGCGUCGGUUGGCGCGGUGCCGCCAGAGGUGUUCCCGGAGCGCUACGUGGUGCCGCCCCAGCCCUCGCCCUCCUCCGCCUUCAUCCCCUUCCCGAACCACACUGCCACCGCCGGGCCCGGAGGGGAACACGCGCGCCCAGCCACCAUCACCGACUUCAGCCCAGAGUGGUCUUACCCAGAGGGUGGAGUGAAGGUCCUGAUAACGGGUCCAUGGGUGGAGGCGAGAGGUCGCUACCUGUGUGUGUUCGACCAGACCACCGUGCCCGCCUCACUCAUACAGCCAGGGGUGCUGCGAUGCUACUGCCCAGCCCACGAGGCGGGUCUGGUGGCCCUGCACGUGCUGGAGGAGUGUGGAGCCGUCUCGUCCUCCGUGCUGUUCGAGUACCGCGCCCGGAACGCCUCCUCCCUGCCCAGCUCACAGCUAGACUGGCUCUCCUUGGAUGAUAACCAGUUCCGCAUGUCCAUCCUGGAGCGGCUGGAGCAGAUGGAGAGGCGUAUGGCUGAGAUGUCCACCAAUCAGCAGCAGCAGCAGCAGUCCAAUCAGCAGCAAGGCCUCCAGCAGCUAUCCCAUCAGCCCCUGCAGCAGCAGCAGCAGAGCAGUGCCAACCGGCCCCCAGCGGCCACGGAGGAGGACACACAGUCGGGUCCGUGGUUUGAGCGGCGUAUCGUGGGUGUAUGUGAGCGCAUGAUGGCGGGCGGCCGCUGGGGAGGAGGAACAGGAGGUGGUGGAGGAGGAGGAGGAGGAGAGCGACUGGUUCACUCGGUCCGACAUCGCGGCAUGACUCUGCUACACCUAGCCGCCGCACAGGGAUACACACAACUCAUACGCACACUCAUACAGUGGAGGAGUGUGAACUCUGACAGCCUGGAUCUGGAACAGGAAGUGGACCCUCUGAAUGUCGACCACUUCUCCUGCACACCAUUGAUGUGGGCGUGUGCCCUGGGGCACCAGGCGGCGGCGGUGCUGCUCUACCGCUGGAGUUCCGUGGCACUGGGCAUCCCUGACUCCCUGGGCCGACUGCCACUCGCCGUGGCACGCUCCCGUGGGCACACCCGCCUCGCGCGAUGCCUGGAGGAGCUGCAUGCCCACACACAGCGGUCACAGCAGCAGCAGCCGGAUGCCAACGCAGCAGCAGCAGCAGCAGGAGGAGUUGGCAUGGCGACAGCAGCAGGAGGCGUUGGCGUGGCAACGGCAGCCAUGACCGUGACAACGGAAUCCAGGCCACAUGUGUCAGAGCCUCAGCAACAUCCUCAGCAGCUGGAUUUGACGCUCAGCACUCGCACCCACGCCGUGCCCGCCACUCCACCCCAGCUGCCACCCUCGCCACUCUCAACCAGCCCGGACACAGGUCUGAGCUCCUCCAGCAGCAUCCCGUCCCCCAGCGACGACCCGCCCUCCCCGUCCCCGAGCUCCGCCUACUCCAGCGGCUCCGCCCCGCUGGGCUCCCCGCCCGACGACGACAGCAGCGGCGCCGACCCCAUGGACACCUCCGCCCCCUCCUCCCCGUCCCUCUCCUCCUCCUCCACCUCCCUGCCCUUCUCUCCCUCCCCGGCCACCUCCCUGCACCUGGGCUGGGCCCCGGCCUACACCACCGGCGCCGAAGCCAGGGGCUCAGGUAGCGCGCCGGGCCCCAGGAGCGGUGCAGGAGCCGGGGUCGGGGUCGGCGUUGUGGGCGUGGUGGAUGGAGUGGUGGGUGGCGGCGGGUUCUUCCUGAUGGACUACGAGUCAUCGCCCACGCAGGAUUCAUCGAACUCGCCGCCGCCUACACCGCCAUCACGGGCACACGGGCACGGCCAUUUGGCGUAUGGUGCGCAUGCACACGCUGAGUUCGAGGCAGAGCUGCUGAAUUACAGCGAGAAUGUGGAGAACGAGGAGUACCUGCCUGCUGAGGUGCUGCAGGUUGACAUGGCGACGCUGGCGGAGCAGAUCAUCGAGGCGACCCCAGAGCGCAUCAAGCAGGAGGAGUUCCCCCGGGGCGGCGAGUCUCCGCUGCGCGAGAGGCGGGACAACUCGGCCGCCAUCCACGACACCAUGCCCUGGCUGGCCACCUACCUGGACACGGUCGACACCCUGCCUGCCAUGUCACCGCCCAGGUGUGUGUCCCGCUCGCCCCAGACUCCUCCCUCUCCUCUGAGUGCGCUGGCUCUGCAGAGGCUGCGGCCGCCCAGCAGUGCGGCGUGGGCGGAGUUCCUCAACGCCUCGGCCAAUGGCAGGAUGGAGCGCGACUUCGCCCUGCUGACGCUGACCGACAGCGAGCAGAGGGAACUCUACGAGGCCGCGCGCAUCAUACAGAACGCCUUCCGCAGAUACAAGGGUCGUCGGUUAAAGGAGCAGCAGGAUAUGGCAGCAGCGGUCAUCCAGAGAUGCUACAGGAAGUACAAACAGUAUGCGCUCUACAAGAAGAUGACCCAGGCCGCCAUCUUGAUUCAGAGUAAGUUCCGGAGCUACUAUGAGCAGAAGAAGUUCCAGCAGAGUCGGCGGGCGGCGGUGCUCAUCCAGCAGUACUACCGCAGCUACAAGGAGUACGAGCGCCUCAAACAGGGGCCCCGGGGGGCCGGGCCCCUCAACCCAAAGAUGAAAGGCACGUUCUUGACUAAGAAGCAGGAUCAGGCAGCACGAAAGAUCAUGAGGUUUUUCCGACGCUGCAGGCACAGGAUUAAGGAAUUAAAGCAAAGCAAGGAGCUGGAAAGGAGAGGCCUUACAACCUAAGUCACACAGUCACACACACACACACACACACACACACACACACUGAAGCAAAUGCACCUUUAUACACUUCUGCGAGUGUAGUGAACCACACAUCUACAAUAUGGCACACACCCUAUAUACACUAUAGAAACAUUUCAUACAAAAACACAUUUUGAAAAAAUGUUUGCACAAAAGCAUUGAAAUGCACUCCUUCACAUUUCUAAAAACGCUCUCUCUCUCUCUCUCUCACACACACACACACACACACACACAUACACACACACACAACACACGUCAACACACACCUAACAACAGCUCCAUCCCAUCCUUUCGCCGAAGGGAGGAAGAAAGCGAGGGAUGAUCCACUUUGCACUCCUCCGUCUGGUGGACUUCCCUAUCCCACGCUCCUCUCUCCCUCUUCCUCUUCCUCUUGCUUUUCUCUGCCAGUGUGGUCCUGUCCUGUCCUGUCCUGUACUAUUCUGACUCCCGCUCUGCAUGCCACAAGAGUGCUAAUGCUAUCUCCACCCCUCUGCUCUUCUCUCUCUCUCUCUCUCUCUCUCUCUCUUUCUCUCUCUCUCUUUCUUUCUUUCUUCCUCCUCCUUCCUUCUUCCUCUUCAUCCACUCGACUCUGUUCUGCUCGCCAUCCCUCCAUCUGUUCUUGGCAUCUUAACUUGCAACAAACACACACACACACACACACACACACACACACACACACACACACACACACACACACACACACACACACACACACACACACACACACACACACACACACACACACACACUGCCCGCCGUGUCCUCUUGCUUGUGGCUUGUUGCCUUUUCCUGUACGGAGACAAGUCAGGAGGAACUUCAGAGGAACGAACGACAAAAGAACAACAGAGCAAGAGAGGGUGUGAGAGGAAGACAGAAAGAAGAGGGGAGGAAGUGGAAUUAACGGGUAAAGAAAGAAAACAGAUCGAAGAAGAAGAAGGAGGAGGUUGGCGUAUACCCUUCCCCCCUUCCCUGUCCCCCAAGCCUUACUGAGAUUGUCGCCGCUUUGGACAUGAGGAUGAAUAGACAGAAAGGGGGGAUGAGUUGAAAACAAAAAAAAGACAAUGAGACUAUCGCUUUAUUUUGCUCGGACUUUGUGAUAUUUCCUUCUUUUCUUGUUUUUUUUUUUUUCUCGUUCUCUCCAUCGCAGCUUCACACACAAGAAUGUAUUGUAACUUUUUAAGCAUACAGAUGAAAAAAAAAUCUUAAAACGAAACGUCUAUGAAUAUAUAUGAAAUAUACAUAAAUAUACACUUAUCCAACAUAUAUAUAUAUAUUCUAAACUUGAUGCAUAUAUAUAUUCUAAAGAUGAUGACGAUGAAAUUCUUGAUGUCUUUAAUAUUGUCUUAUUUAUGAUGAGGAUGACAAAGCUAGAGGCAUGUUUUCUAUCUCUUCUCCUUGUUUACUUCCCCUCCGUGUGUUUUUGCCGGGAAAAAAGGGGGUGGGAAAAAUGAAUGGUGUGAGUAGGAGAAAAUAAACAAACAAACAAAAAAAACACAAAAUGAGUCUUAAAAAAGAGAGAGAGCGAGUGAAAGGAAGAGAGGAAGAGAUGAAGCGGAGGGUUUAAUGUUAUUUUAUUUUUUGUAUUGCGGCCUCCCUUUACAUGUUAUAGGGUUGUGUACAAAAUAUGAUACGCACUGACCUUGACUGAUGAUGAAGGUCGUUUGGGUGGGGUGGGGUGGGGAUUUGUGUGUUGUGUGCUUGCUUGUGAGCAUGGGUGACUAUAAAGUUUUACAGUGACCGUUUGUUCAGCACUUUGAGCUCAGGAGAAGCCUCUAUACGCACGCGCACACACACACACACACACAUGCACACUCACAUCAACACAUCACGCAUGUUCAUGCAAGUGUGUACGCAUACCUGAACACACACACACACACACACACACACACACACACACACACACACACACACACACACACACACACACACACACACACACACACACACGAACACACACACACACAGAUAGCCCAAAGUGAGCAAUGCUUAUGAGGGUUACCUCUAUAGUGCAGUGCCUUCAGGUUAUUUUGCUGUGUCUAAGCAGUACACACACACACACACACACACACACACACACACACACACACACACACACACACACACACACACACACACCAUGAUACCAGAAUACGCACACAAUUACAGCAGGAUACGCUGUACACACACACACACACACGUCACACUCCGGCUUUGUAGUUGUUUUCGGUUGCAUUGUAAGUUCUUGCGGCUGAUGUAACAGUACUGUAGAGAUUCGUCGUGUGCGCGUGUGUGCGCGCAUGUGUGCAUGUGUGUUUCUGAUACAAUCAUUUCAGGUGCAACAUAGCAAAAAACAUAGCACAACACAGCAUUGCAUCUUAAAAAGCUCAAUGUGUGUUAAUGUGUGUACAUACAUUCACAUGUGUGUCUGUGUGUAUGAAUGUGUGUUUGCUUUGGGUGGGUCUGGCAGAUACGCAUUGAUUUCUGUAUGUAUGUAUACUGUAAGUGGGCUCACAUAGUCAACGCGAGUAAUGCCAGCUACCGUGCGCUAACCUGCGCUGUUUACGCACAUUACAGCACCACGUCCUCUGUAGUGACUAUGUGUAACGCGCGUCACGUGUAAAAAUGUGAGAGGGCGAUGUGUAAUCUCGACUAAAGCAUAGCGGCGGACAUGUAUGCGCUUGGAUAUGUCGACCAGAGGUGUCAAAAGUAAAAAAAUUAAAUAAAAUAAAAGUGAAUUCAUGGUGUAAGGACAACGCUAGCACGAUUUAUUAUAUGGUUGUGACGUCAUCUGUCGAAUGCUCCAUUCAUUUCAACGGGGCUCCCCAACGUUCGGACGUCUGUUAUUUUUCGAUAACGGACGGGUUGGUCUAUAACAGACCGCUGUCAAUGGCAACAAGACUUUUCACUGCUAAAGCGACUUUUCAACAAGACUCUAAUCAGCUGCUGUGAUAGACAGCACCCGUUGUCCUGGCUACCGCUGUCAAUGGCAACAAGACGUUCACUGCUAAAGCCACUGGCUUGUAUAGGCCUACAAGUCAGUGGCUAAAGCGAAUGUUUCAUAUCACUCCGCAGGGGGUCCGGUCUUUUGUCACUCUAAUCAGCUGCUGUGAUAGACUAGACAACACCUGUUGUCCUGGCUACCUAGCUGUUGCCUAGCGGUGAUCCACAACGGCACUGUUUUGUUUUGCGCAGCAACAAUCUUAACAUUAAAUAGGCCUAGGUCUAAAGAAAUGUCCCCGCCAUGUGUGAAUCAUUUAAGUAUAUCCAUAUAAUAAGCGGGUUAACUUUCGGCGAGUCGGUCGCUUUGUGGAAUAGCAGCACUUCAGAGAGAACAAGACCCCUCCGCUCCGCGUCGGGGUCUAAAGAUUCUCUCUGUCGUGCUGCUAUUCCACGGUAGCGACCUUCUCGCCGAACGUUAACCCUUACAUAACAUUGCUGUUACACCAGUUAUUCCAUUAUACAUACCCCGUAAUGAGGUAGAUAGACUGUGUUGUUGCUGGAAAACACUAAAAACCCAACAAGGACCCACUGCAAAUUUGAUCCAACCAGCGCAGAAUUAGAUGAUAGUGAGACAGGUAGUACACACAGUUCUACUGUCUUUCUUAUUUUUUCAUAGCUUUUAUUUUUACUUUUGACAUCUCUUGCAUUGACUACUGUAUGCAAGCCCCCUCUGAUGAGAGGACUGAUGGUGACAAGGGUGAUCACAUGAUCUACAUGAGGGUUAACUCAGAGUUGUGCAAGGGAGAAUUAAAGGAAACUACAAUGAAAGCGUUGAAACUGAAAACGCAAUGAGAUUUGUCUUGUUAUUUCAUAUUUAGUGCAGCUCUGCAUGAUUGUGUCAUUGUUUUUUUCUGUUUUUGUUUAUAUUUUUCUGUGAGAUUGCACUUUUGUGUGCGUGUGCGUGUGCGUGUGCGUGUGCGUGUGCGCAUGUGUGUGCACAUGCUGGGAGAAUGCACUUUUGCAUUGCGUUCACGCGCUAGGAGAAUGCACUUUUGCCCCAGUGUGUGUGUGUGUGUGUCUGCGUGCGCUGUUUGGCUCUCUCUAGCGCUUGGCAUGAACUUAUAUUGAUUUUUAUUUUUCGGUUGAAAAAUAUAUAUAUGAAUAUAUUUAUGAUAUUUAGUAAUAUUUUUGGUGUGCAGCUCGUAAUGCUGGUGUGUAAUGUGUACGUUUUAUUUAAAUAAUAUUAAGGAUUGAUUUUUUUGUUUUUGUUUUGUUUUUCUUCCCUGUAAAUUCAUGUUCUCUUCAGCUCUUUUUUGCAAAUGUUUGUUCAGAAUGUUUUACUACUUCAUAAUGAUUCAUUAAAUCUUAAUUCUACUCAAGUCUUUUGUAUUGUGUGUGUGUGUAUGCGUGUGUGUGCC